AUGCAACGAACUGUGCGACUCCAACGCGCUGUCCAGAACUCCACUCGCUACAGCCGUAUCGGAUACGCCACACGCAGACCAACAAUGGACCUCUACCAGUGGCGAGAUACGCCCCUCUUCUCCCGCUUCGGCGGGAUGAUCGACAAAAGUACCGGACGACAGGUAUACUUUGGAGACACGAUGUACCGCACGCUCUCUACCGCCACUCGGUUCACAGCCGACAAGUCGCAACGAUCAGCCACGGGCGCCAUCUGGGCAAUCAUCGGCCUCAACACUCUUGUCUUCGGAGCAUGGCAGUACGCCAAAGCAACUCAAGACGCAGGCCUCGUUCAAAAGCUCCAAGAGAACUUCACGAUCAGCCUACAAGGCUGGCGACAAGGCCGCGUCUGGACAGCCCUCACCUCCGCCUUCUCCCACAACUGGCUCCCGCACUUCUUCUUCAACAUGUUCGCCUUCUAUUCCUUCGGCAGCGCCCUGGCGUUCAUCCCGGGCAUUGGAGCUGCCCACAUAGUACCAUUAUGUGUGGGUAGUGCGUUGGUGGGCUCGGCCUCUUUCCUCUAUGAUGCAUACCAGAGAUCACCACCGCAGAAACAAGGAGGACGCAUGUCUUCCUACAUGCCGGUAGAGACGUAUCGAUCUGGCCUCGGAGCAUCGGGGAUGGUCAUGGGGGUCGGUGCAACCGCGGCGUGUCUUAUGCCUUUCCUGCCGACGAACAUCAUGUUCAUCCCGAUCGCGAUUCCGCUGUGGGCUACGACGUUGCUGUUCGUUGGGGUCGACACAUAUUUCUUGCAUUCGAACUCGCCGGUUGGACAUUCGGCGCAUCUGGGUGGGGCUAUCUUCGGAGCGAUGUACUACUUCGCGUACCUACGGCGGUUCGGUGGAGCGAUCUGGGUUGCAGACAUGGAGAACGAAAAGGCAUGUGUCAAAAUGAUUGAAACCGGGCAAGACUGUUCCUCGAGCAAACUGUGGAGCCCCAGAGGCAUCAGCAAGAAUCCAGAACGUCUCCGGACCUUUCUCCUUACGUCACUCAUCUUCUGUCACAUGCACUUUUCGCAUGAACUUUCACAUGGUCUGACAGCACUCUUUACUACAUCCGUCUCGCGAUCGUGCGCACGAGCCCUGAGCCUCAAACUACGUGGCCUUCAUACCUCCACUAUCUCCUUCCUGCCGACUCAACUCAACCAAGGUUGGCACAACGAUACCACACCUGCAGUGUCACCUCACCAGUCGUACAUCAUCACGACAUCCACAGCCGUCCGUACGCUCACCACAGAGCUGCUCCAGAUCCACGAUGGCGACUAUCGCGGCGGCGAGCAAUAUGUCGUCAGCACCGCCAGCGGACACGAGUCGGCUUCCUUCAUUGCGAAUUCCAGCCAAGCAAACUACUCCCACGACCAACACUCAGAACAGCAGACUCCUUGGGUUGCCGCCUGA